ACGAUCGCAAGUCAAAGCAGGGUACGCUCGUAGUUCAUCGAUGUACGAGGAGGUCUUCUGGCCUUCCCGUUGAUUUGCCAAGUGUACCCAAGCGAAGGUUUGCUUUUUUGGACUCCGUAUCACGAUCAACAAUAAAGGCAGUUGUUGAAAUCGCCGUCAACGACAACAAAAAAUUGUUCUUAGUGGACAUGGGAGUCGAUACCUGCUGCCUUUGGUUUUGAUUUGUGGGUCGGACGUCCUGAUGCCUUUCUUCAAGUCGUCAAAGAGCCCUCAAGACAUUGUCAAAUCGACCAAGGAAGCCCUUGUCAUCUUGGAAAAGGGAGAUGCGUCUGGAAAGAAGACGGAGAAAGCCGUCGAGGAUGUCGGCAAAGGCCUGCUGAGUAUGAAGCAGAUUCUGUAUGGAACGCAAGAUGCAGAGCCACAAGCUGAAGCAAUUGCCCAGCUGGCGCAGGAAGUCUACACUGCAAAUUUAUUGUUCUUGCUGAUUACAUCUCUCGCCAAAAUCGACUUCGAAGCUCGGAAGGACGCUGCUCAAAUUUUCAGCAACUUGCUGAGGAGGCAGAUCGGUACGCGGAUGCCAACUGUCGAGCAUAUUGGCUCGCGACCUGAACUGAUGUUGGCUUUGGUUAGAGGUUAUGAGAACCCACUUGUUGCACUCAUUUGUGGAACAAUGUUGCGAGAGUGUCUUCGUCAUGAGAACCUUGCUCAGAUUGUUCUGCAUGACCCGAUUCUGUAUACAUUCUUCUCCUUUAUUGAGUUGCCCACAUUUGACAUCGCCUCGGAUGCCUUUUCUUCAUUUCGUGAUCUGCUCACUAAACACAAGAUGCUGGUGGCUGACUAUCUGGAGGUUAACUAUGACAAGAUGUUUGGCCACUAUGAGAGGCUGCUUCACUCCGACAACUACGUCACGAAGCGCCAGUCUCUGAAACUGCUGGGCGAGCUGCUCUUGGACAGGCACAACUUCACAACUAUGACCACGUUCAUCAGCAGCGUGGAAAACCUGAAGCUUAUGAUGACUUUAUUGCGAGACAAGAGUAAGAACAUCCAGUACGAGGCGUUCCACGUGUUCAAGGUCUUCGUAGCAAAUCCCAACAAGAGCAAGCAGAUCAUGGAUAUUCUGUUGAAAAACCAGGAGAAGCUGGUUGAUUUCCUGGGCAAGUUCCAUGCUGAUCGUUCUGAGGACGAACAGUUCAAUGACGAGAAGUCGUAUCUUAUCAAACAGAUCCAGGAUCUGCGGCCGAUGUAAACUGGAGCUUGCAAGGCCCACUCAUUUCUGUUUAUUUAUGUAUGUUCAUUUCACGCUGAUCAUUUCCCCAGGCUGUGUACAGUAAGCAAUAUUGAUUUGUGUUUGAGCCGUGUGUGUGUGUGUGUGUGUGAUUUGUAUGGUUUGUAUGGUGUUUACAUGUGCCUCCUGUCCAUUAGCUGUAAAUAGUGUUUUUAGUCGGCACCGAUUCAUAGCCUGCUGUGCCUUGCGGUGUUGUUCGUAAGUUGCACAUCACCAUGUAUAAUAGGGUUACGUUGGUGUACGUGCUGCAUGUCUCAAGUGUGGAUGGAUGUGAGUUUCUGAAUAUAUAUUUUUUACUUUUGCGUGUCUUCCGCUGUGUCCACCAACCAAUUAAUUACUCCCACGAAAUCGUUGUCUUUUCUGAUACCAACAUGAUAGUUUAAGUUUAUUUUCAUUCCACUAUUUUCCAUCAUCAUAAAGCAACAUUGCAAACAUAAGUGCAAUCUCUCA